CGCGGGUGGUCGCCUGUGCUCUGGGUUCCAGCUGUUCCUCCUGACCCUCGUCGACUCUACUGCUGCUCUCGUUCGCCAUGCUCUCCGUCCGCACCCCGCUCGCCACCAUCACUGACCCGCAGCAGCUGCAGUUGUCGCCGCUGAAGCGACUCACCCUGGCUGACAAGGAGAACACGCCCCCGACCCUCAGCAGCACCCGCGUCCUGGCCAGCAAGGCUGCGAGGAGAAUCUUCCAGGACGACGCCGAGCUGGAGAGUAAAGCGCCUACUAACCCCAGCGUUGAGGAUGAGCCGUUGCUCAGAGACAACCCCCGACGCUUCGUUGUCUUCCCCAUCGAAUACCAUGAUAUCUGGCAGAUGUACAAGAAAGCUGAGGCCUCCUUUUGGACUGCCGAGGAGGUGGACCUUUCCAAGGAUAUUCAGCACUGGGAGGCUCUGAAACCCGAUGAGAGACAUUUUAUAUCUCAUGUUCUGGCUUUCUUUGCAGCGAGUGAUGGCAUAGUCAAUGAAAACUUGGUGGAGCGGUUUAGCCAAGAAGUUCAAGUUACAGAGGCCCGCUGUUUCUAUGGCUUCCAGAUUGCCAUGGAAAACAUUCACUCGGAGAUGUACAGUCUCCUUAUUGACACUUACAUUAAAGAUCCCAAAGAAAGAGAAUAUCUCUUCAAUGCUAUUGAAACAAUGCCUUGUGUGAAGAAGAAGGCUGACUGGGCCUUGCGUUGGAUUGGGGACAAGGAGGCUACAUAUGGAGAACGAGUUGUGGCCUUUGCUGCGGUGGAAGGGAUCUUCUUCUCUGGUUCUUUUGCAUCGAUAUUCUGGCUCAAGAAACGGGGAUUGAUGCCGGGCCUUACGUUUUCCAAUGAGCUUAUUAGCAGAGACGAGGGUUUACACUGUGACUUCGCCUGCCUGAUGUUCAAGCACCUGGUACACAAGCCAUCGGAGCAGAGAGUGAAAGAAAUCAUCAUCAACGCAGUUAGGAUAGAGCAGGAGUUCCUCACGGAGGCCUUGCCUGUGAAGCUCAUCGGGAUGAACUGCACCUUGAUGAAGCAGUACAUUGAGUUUGUAGCCGACCGGCUUAUGCUGGAGCUGGGCUUUAACAAGAUUUUCAGAGUAGAAAAUCCGUUUGACUUCAUGGAAAAUAUUUCACUAGAAGGAAAGACAAACUUCUUUGAGAAGCGAGUAGGAGAAUAUCAGAGGAUGGGAGUCAUGGCCAGUUCCACAGAGAAUUCCUUCACCUUGGAUGCUGACUUCUAAGUGACUGGUCGUGUGCUCUUUGCUGAUUUCUCUCCCUUUGUCAUUAAAAGAAAGCAGCAAAAACAACUAACUGCCUGGCUACCCCAUGAAUUGUCAUUGAAUUUGUUAACAGGUAUCUAAAAGCUGUGUAGCUACCUCAGUCCUGUUUGCUAGGCUUGUCCCUAGAAGAAGAAAGUGUGCUUCAAACAAUGGGUCCUUGGAUCCUUAGGGAGAUCUUGUCCUUGGCUUUUAUACAAGUAGCUGGUCACCUUUGACCUCAUCAGAGUCCUCCCAGCGCUGGGCCAGGCUCUAUGAGCAGUGACCCUCAAGCAGGCGGGCUUAAACAUUUAGAUGCCAUGGGGCUGUUUAAAGAUGUCAGGCAUAUAGAGUUUACUUAACAAAGUUUAUAAAUAAAACUGGCACUUUGCACACAAACAUAGUACUGUGUGUAGGGGGGGAAGCCUGCUUUAUUUGGUUUCUAGAUUGAGCAGGAAGUGUUCCAUUUACCACGAAGGGCAGUCCCAUUCAAAGUCUAAGUGACUAAGUUAGUGGUGAACAAGCAAGCCACUUCCAGGCUUUGUUCUCCAGUGAAGUGAAAUGCUCCAUCAGCUUUGAAGUCAGUCCUGUGUAAUGAGGCACUCACUGGCCUGCCUGCCUGCCUGCCCCGUGCCAGGCCAGUUCCUAAGCAGAGCUCACUGUAGAGAACUUCCGACUUGGAGUCACUAGAAACUUAGACAUGAUUUGGGACACUUGCUUGUGAAAAGCAGGUUUUUUUGUUGUUGUUUUGUUUUUUUGUUUUGUUUUUCCAAGUUGUGCUUUGUCCCAUUUCUAGUUAGCGCGAAGUCCUGAAAGGGUUUCGCAGGGCUUUGAAUAAUGACCCUUGUUGCAAGGUCUUGGUCCUGUCGGUGGUAAAAAAAAAAAAUCAGAGCUGAAAUCCACUCAUUGUCCUCAUUUUGGUUGUGUGAGGGGCGCUCUUGAAACCUGAUCCACUUAUUUUAAAUUAGAAAAAUUAAAGUACACAUCUUAAGAGGUUUUACCUCUGCUUUUUUUUUAAGAUGCUCAGUAUUAUCUUGAAGUUUGCAAAUGCUUUUUAAGUCAGGGUCUUAACUAUGUAACUCUGGCUUGGCCUGGAAUUUGGCUAUCUAGGCCAGAUUACCCUCAAACUUGCCAAUUAAGGUUUCUGCCACCAUACCUGGCUUUACCCAGUGAAUUCCUAAAUACCAGAAAAGCAGCACUGUAUGAGAUGUUAAUGUGUGUUCCUUUCAGAUAACAGCUAACAGCUAGUUAACCUUGAUCUGCCUUUCUGUGUCUAGGGAAGGGAGCCAUCGCCAGAAUUCACCUAGCGAGUUUGAGGCCAGGUGUGGGUACAUAGGUGGGACUCUCCUUAAAAUCAAAAUAGCAAGAAUAAGUGUUCCCUGAGGUAAUUCACAAUGAUCUCUAUUUUUCUCCUAAGCUGAUAUUAUAUAUUGGUCUAUAACCCUGGUCAGUUUUCUUUAUUGUAUAGAUAUAUUUCUGUAAUAUGAGAACCAAUUGUACCUUAUAAAUUAUUGUUACUUAAAAUUAAUAAACUCCAAGUCUCAAAAUUG